AUGGAUUUUAUAAGUAAGAAAAUGGUUCAGACCACGCUGAACUUCGACCAAUGGCAGCAACAGCCAAAACACCGCUCUCCUCGCUAUAAACCCACCUUGAGCUGUGCUGCUAAUCUGAAGUAUGAUGCUGACAAAGUGGAAGACCCGCCUGCUCACUCCAGGUCUGCUCUUAAACAAGCCGCUCACGAAACCAUUUCUAUCCUGCCUAACGUUCUUGCUACCACCCCUCAUGCCCCGCCACAUGGCCAUCUCUAUUGUGACCCUCCAACUCUGGCAUCAAAAUACUGUCCUCGCUUCCCACCCACCACCAUCCGCAUUCUCAACUCAGAUACCCUAGACUCCGCCAUCGGCCUUGCGGAAUGUUCCCAAUACAUAUCCUUCCGUGACAAAAAACCUGUUUGCGUUCUCAAUAUGGCGAAUGCAUGCAACGCGGGAGGAGGUUGGAAGCGCGGAGCUCUAGCACAAGAAGAAACACUCUGCUAUCGAAGCAGUCUCAGCUUUACCCUAAAGUUGCGCUACUAUCCUAUUCCGGAGCUUGCCGCAAUAUAUUCGCCAACAGUGGUGGUAAUACGCAAGAGUAUUAAAGACGGGCAUGGCCUACUACCAUUAGAUGACCCGGGAAACUUACCAGUUGUGAGCGUGAUUAGCGUUGCAGCGCUAUGUAGACCUUCUGUAGAAGCCGUUCCCACGUCCCCAGGUUCCAAAGUAUCACGGAGAGAGAGGUACACGUACCGGCAAGAUAGAAAGAUUACAAAAGAGAAAAUGAGGCUUAUUUUGAGAACGGCGGCUAUCAACGGCCACCGACGUUUGAUUCUGGGCGCUCUAGGCUGUGGUGCGUUUCUAAAUCCGCGAGAAGAGGUAGCAGACUGUUGGGCAGAGGUUCUUACGGAGGAAGAGUUUAGUGGAGGAUGGUGGGAGAGCAUCAUUUUUGCGGUGAUGGACGACCUCGGUCAGGGAGAACAGGGAGAUGGGAAUUAUGGGGUUUUCUAUCGAAAGCUCAACGGAAUGAUGGUCUAA